CCAACACUCCCUAACAUUAUUGUCAAUUUAUAUCCAAUAUAUCCUAAUCUUAUUUAGAGUUGGGGGCACAUGAAUGAAUGAACUAAAAAUAUCUAGCACCAAAAAAUAACAUUAGAGCGCACCAUCAAUAAAAUUAGGGUAUUAGAUGCAAUUAGAAAAUAACAUGGUGGAUGAUGCUUUACAUACUAAUUAACGCAAAAAAAUACUUUUAGAAACUAUCUCUAACAAUGUUCGAGUAUCACCUAGUAGUAUUGGAUAUCAGAUAAUUAUAUAAAAAAUUUAAUCUUCACCUUUUUCUUGUAAAUAAACAAAAGGUAAUAUUAAUAAUAUAUAUUUAAUAUCUUAAUUUUUGUGCAAACUAAAACAAAUCAUUUUGUUGUAUUGUAACUAAGCGAAGCCAGUCUAAUCUUAGUAUAAUAUAUUAAUCCUUGUCUCCUUGAGUUAUAUUUAUGGAUGUUGGAAACGUGAGGAAGGGGCAAACGUGUAAGGACUGGAGGCUGAUAGACGAAGUCCAAGUCUUUCUGCCAAACCAUGGUUGUUUAAAUCAAACCAAUACUGCAUCUUUAUAUUUAUUUCUAUAAUAAAUUAAUCAGAUCCUUAAACCCUUUUGUUUCUUCUUAUUUUAAUGAGGCUCUCAUGUAUUCAAUCCAUUUCCAUUCUCAAACUCCUUCAUCGUCAUCAUGUUCUUCUAUUCCUAGUCUCUCUCUUUCUCCAUGGCCAAACCCCAUAAAUCCAAACCUAAAUCCUCUCUUUUCCUCUGCUGCUUUGGCUCUUUUUCCCACGAUGAAAUCUCCGUGAGAGAAUCUGAGUUUUCAUGGCGAAGGGUUCGAAAGAAGUCAGACUCCAAAACGGUGCCGUUGGAUGCCUCUUUGCCUGAUGACAAGGAACGCAGAGCUCAUCCAGUUCAUUCUCGGAAAUGGAGGUGGAAGAAGUUGUUCAGGCCGAAGUCGAAGUCAAGGUCAAACAAUCAGAAACCUUUAAUGAAAUCUCAAACUCCAGCAACCAAUCCACAAUCGCCACGUCAGAGACCUCCGGUGGUCCCUGUCACACCCAAUCAGACACUUUCCCAGACAAGGCAACGAGAAAGAGCAAAGCGAAACCCAGAAAAUGAGAACGGCUUGUCUCACGUGGCUUCACCUAAAGAGGACGCGCGUGAAGAAAGCAGCUCAGUCCCAGCCGUAUCACACUCGGUCUAUUUGCCUGCUUCAAAACGACGGCAGAGUCAUUCGUCGUCUUCCGUUCCAAGGCAGGGUCAAACGACUUUGAACAAGGCUGUGCGGUCGAGAAACGCAAGGAGACGCGAGUCAUACGACUCUGCGUUUGGCUUGUCAGCUGUUCUGGUGACUUUGGUUAUACUGGUAGUGUGGGGUCGUUUAUGUGCUAUUCUCUGCACUUCCGCGUGGUUGUAUUUGUUCCCACGAAUGGUAAGGGCCGGUGAAAACAACGCAAUAAAAAAAUUGAAUGCAGAUUCAAAUGACUUGUAUUUGGAUUCUGAGGUUUACAAGAAGAAAGUGAUUCUCGAGGGACUUCUUGAGAGAAAUCACCGGGCACGUCGUGAAAAUCCGGGGAACUAAGUUGGGUUUGUCUUGCCGUAUUGUCGUUUGAAGGCGGCUUGUUUGACGUUUUGUUUGAAAAUAUGUAUAUAUUGUUAUUAGAAUGGUCAAAAUCUUUGAGGAGCCAA